AUGAGUUCAACAUCAAAUGAAACCAAUUAUAAAAUGAUGAUGGAAUCAUUACAAAAAGAAGUUAAAUCAUUAAAGAAUAAAUUGGAUACAUACGAAAGAGAAAAUAAGGAUUUAAAAAAGUCAAUUUACGAUUUAACAGCAAGAUAUGAUAUGGUUUCACAUCAAUUGGGUAAAGGUACACAAAAGCCAUUCAAUAUUGAUGCAGUUUUGGCACCACCAUCAACGCCAGAAUCAAAUUCAGUUACAGGUUUCAUUAGCGACUCAUUACAGAUCCAAUCACCACCACCAACUUUAGUAUCAGAUUUAAGCGAACAUGAUAGAUUAAUGGGCUUAUCAUCACAACCAAGAAGUGGUAGCAGCAAGAAAAUGGAUGAACGUCACUUCUUUUAUAAAUUCACUCUUAAAGGUCAUAGUGCAAGUGUUUAUACAAUCGAUUUUUCACCAUGUGGAAAGAUGUUGGCUUCUGGUAGCUUUGACAAGUCUGUUAAAAUUUGGGAUGUUUUCAAUCAAAGAGAAAUUACUACUUUUAGUGACCAUACAGUAAAUGUUAGUGUAUUACAAUGGAAUAACAAUAGUACCGAAAUCAUAUCUGGUUCUUAUGAUAAAACUGUAAAGAUUUGGGAUUUAAAUGGAAAUCGUCUUUCUUCUUCUUACAAUACAAGCGGUUUCAUUCUAGAUGUUAAAUUUUCACCAAUCGAUAAUAAUAUAUUUUAUGUUGGUAACACUCAAAAUCACAUUAUAGCAUUCGAUAAAAGAGCUCCAAAUGCAAUUACAGUUUUGGAAAACGAUUCAUUAAUUAAUUCAUUAUAUAUAUUUAAAGAUGGUCAACAUGUUUUAACAGGUGACUCAUUUGGUAAAUUAAAAGUUUGGGAUUCAAGAAAGGGUAAAAAGAUCACAUUCCCAGAAUCAUUUCAUUAUGAUGGUGGUGUUGAUGGUUUAGCAGGAUCACAUAAACAAAGUGCAACUAAUUCAUUAGUAGAUACAUACGAAAUUGCACCAGAAAAUAGACCAAUUUCAGGAAUAACAAUGUCAAAAGGUAGCGAAGAUGACGAUGGUAGAUUCUUAGCAGUAAAUAGUUAUGAUAAUGUUAUUAGAGUUUAUGAUCGUUCAAAAGCCUCUAUUGUAUCACAUAAUCCAUAUUUAUUAUCAUCAAUGACACUUCAACAUUCAUUAACAGGUCACAAAAAUAAGAAUUGGCCAAUCAAGAGCAGUAUCUAUGUCGGAAAAGACUUUAAUCAUCUUUCAAACACCACUGUUAAACGUAGUGAAGAUUUAUCAAAAGACGAUGACGAAGAUGAAGAUAUUCAACCUGAUAUUAAUCAAUCUGUACUUUUAGCAACUGGUUCCGCUGAUUACUCUGCUUAUAUUUUCGAUAUUGGUCUUUCAAAACAAUCUGGUAAAGUAAUUCAAAAACUUGAAGGUCAUACUGAUAGAGUUUAUAGUGUUAAAUUUCAUCCAUCAGAACCAAUUUUAGCUUCGUGUUCCGCUGAUAAUACAAUUAGAUUUUGGACUCCAAAGAAAAAAAUAUUUAAUAAUUAA